AUGGCGUCUAGGCAGGAAAAAGAAGAAAGAGCAGAGGCAGCUGCGGCAAUUGCUGCCACCGAUUUGAGAGAUGCUAACAGAUUAAGUGAGGACGAAGAAGGAGAGAACAGAAAGAGAGAUGAUCAGCCUGACCAGGAGAGACCAGGCGUUAUUGGGUCUGUUUUGAGGGUGGUUCAAGAAAAAUACGAGCACGCCAAAGAGGUGGUUGUUGGCAAGAGUGAAGAAACUGCGGAGUCGACAAAGGAGAAAGCAAAUGCAGCGGCAGAGAAAAUGAAGGAGGAGAAAGAUUACGUCACCGAGAAGGCAAGAGAAACCACAGAUAGCGCUGCACAGAAGGCUACAGAGUACAAAGAUCAAACCAAGGAGAAGGCAGAGGAGAAAACAGAGGAGAUGAAAGAGAAGACGAAUGAGACAAAGGAGGCUGCGAAGGGAAAGACAGAGGAGAUGAAAGAGAAGACCAAGGAAAAGGCUGGUGAGUAUAAGGAUUAUGCAGCCGAGAAGGCGAAUGAGACAAAGGAGGCUGCGAAGGGGAAGACAGAUGAGAUGAAAGGGAAGACGAAUGAGACAAAGGAGGCUGCGAAGGGAAAGACAGAGGAGAUGAAAGAGAAGACCAAGGAAAAGGCUGGUGAGUAUAAGGAUUAUGCAGCCGAGAAGGCGAAUGAGACAAAGGAGGCUGCGAAGGGGAAGACAGAGGAGAUGAAAGAGAAGGCCAAGGACACGGCAGAGAAGACCAACGAAAAGGCUGGCGAGUAUAAGGAUUCCGAGAGCGAGAAGGCGAGGGAGACGAAGGAUUAUACGGCUGAGAAAGGGUUUGAGGGGAAGGAAGCGGCUGUUGGGAAGCUUGGUGAGUUAAAGGAAAGUGCUGCUGAGGCUGUAUGGAAGGCUAUGGAUCUUAUUUCUGGUAAAAAAGAAGAAACCAAACAGAAAACAGAAGAAACUAAAGAGGCAACCAAGGAAAAACUGAGCGACACCGAGGAGGCAGCAAGACAGAAGAUGGAAGAACUGAAGCUUGCAGGGGGGGAAUAUAAAGAAGACGAUGAUGACCGAGAAGCUAGAGACAAGAAAGCCGGAAAGGGGAAUGAAGCAAGAAGUACUAUUUUUAGCUCAAUUGGGAGCAUGACAGAGGCAAUCAAGUCAAAGCUGACACAACCGUCGGACAUGGAGAAGAAAGGGGAGGAGCAGCUCGACCGCGGAGAAGUGGAGAGCGGAAGUGGUGAGAAGAUGAUCACACUGGAAGAACCUCCUCCUGGAGCUGUGGCUGCUACUCUCAAAGAGUCUGAUCAGAUGGCCGGUCAGACUUUCAAUGAUGUUGGAGGGUUGGAUGAUGAGGGCGUCAUUCACCUGGAAAUCAAGAGGCGUCCUGCCGAUGAUAAGUAAUCAAUCAUGGUAGUCAUGCGACGUCGUUUGGUUUGUUUUUUAAACUUAUGAGCCUGUCGCUUUGUAGUAUUUGUUCUUC